CCCCGGGACCCCGGGCCGCCCAUGCCGCCGGCCGGCCUGGAGCUCGCCAGGAUGAACAGGAAGAAGGGAGACAAGGGGUUUGAGAGCCCGCGGCCGUAUAAAUUAACCCAUCAGGUCGUCUGCAUCAACAACAUAAACUUCCAGAGAAAAUCUGUUGUGGGAUUUGUGGAACUGACUAUAUUUCCCACAGUUGCAAACUUGAACAGAAUCAAGUUGAACAGCAAACAGUGUAGAAUAUACCGAGUAAGAGUCAACGAUUUAGAGGCUGCUUUUAUUUAUAAUGAUCCAACCUUGGAAGUUUGUCACAAUGAAUCAAAACAGAGAAACCUCAAUUACUUUUCCAAUGCUUAUGCUGCUGCAGUCAGCGCAGUAGACCCUGAUGCAGGAAAUGGAGAACUUUGCAUUAAGGUUCCUUCGGAGCUGUGGAAGCACGUUGAUGAGCUAAAGGUCCUUAAGAUUCACAUUAACUUCUCUUUGGACCAGCCUAAAGGAGGUCUUCAUUUUGUAGUGCCCAAUGUGGAGGGCAGUAUGGCUGAGAGGGGUGCCCACGUCUUCUCUUGUGGAUAUCAGAACUCUACAAGAUUUUGGUUCCCUUGCGUUGAUUCCUACUCUGAAUUGUGUACAUGGAAGUUAGAAUUUACAGUAGAUGCUGCAAUGGUAGCUGUCUCUAGUGGAGAUUUGGUGGAGACAGUAUAUACCCACGACAUGCGUAAGAAGACCUUCCACUACAUGCUCACCAUUCCUACGGCAGCUUCUAACAUCGCUGUGGCCAUGGGGCCAUUUGAAAUACUUGUGGACCCAUACAUGCAUGAGGUUACUCAUUUUUGUUUACCCCAACUUCUUCCAUUGCUAAAACAUACCACAUCGUACCUUCAUGAAGUCUUUGAAUUUUAUGAAGAAAUUCUCACUUGCCGGUACCCAUACUCCUGUUUUAAGACUGUGUUCAUUGAUGAGGCCUAUGUGGAAGUGGCUGCUUAUGCUUCCAUGAGCAUUUUUAGCACAAAUCUGUUACAUAGUGCCAUGAUUAUAGAUGAGACACCUUUGACUAGAAGGUGUUUAGCCCAGUCCUUGGCCCAGCAGUUUUUUGGAUGCUUCAUAUCCAGAAUGUCUUGGUCUGAUGAAUGGGUGCUAAAGGGAAUUUCAGGCUAUAUUUAUGGACUUUGGAUGAAAAAAACCUUUGGUGUUAAUGAGUACCGCCAUUGGAUUAAAGAGGAACUAGACAAAAUAGUGAUGUAUGAACUGAAAACUGGUGGAGUUUUACUGCAUCCCAUAUUUGGGGGAGGAAAGGAGAAGGAUAACCCAGCUUCCCAUCUACACUUUUCAAUAAAGCAUCCACACACCCUCUCCUGGGAAUAUUAUACUAUGUUUCAGUGCAAGGCUCACCUUGUGAUGAGACUGAUUGAAAACAGAAUCAGUAUGGAAUUUAUGCUACAAGUGUUCAACAAGCUGUUGAGUCUGGCAAGUACUGCUUCAUCUCAGAAGUUCCAAUCACAUAUGUGGAGUCAGAUGCUGGUUUCCACAUCUGGGUUUUUGAAAUCCAUUUCAAAUGUCUCUGGCAAAGACAUCCAGCCUUUAAUCAAGCAGUGGGUAGACCAGAGUGGAGUAGUAAAAUUUUAUGGAAGUUUUGCAUUUAAUAGAAAACGAAACGUCUUAGAGUUGGAAAUAAAACAAGAUUAUACAUCUCCUGGAACUCAGAAAUACGUGGGACCACUUAAAGUGACAGUGCAGGAAUUAGAUGGAUCAUUCAAUCAUACCUUGCAAAUUGAAGAAAACAGCCUUAAACAUGAUAUACCCUGCCAUUCCAAAAGCAGAAGGAAUAAAAAGAAAAAAAUUCCUCUGAUGAAUGGAGAAGAAGUUGACAUGGAUCUUUCUGCCAUGGAUGCUGAUUCCCCUUUGCUGUGGAUAAGGAUAGACCCAGAUAUGUCUGUAUUGAGGAAGGUGGAAUUUGAGCAAGCUGACUUUAUGUGGCAGUAUCAGCUCCGCUAUGAGAGGGAUGUGGUUGCACAGCAGGAAUCCAUUUCGGCCUUGGAAAAAUUCCCUACUCCAGCAUCCCGACUCGCACUCACUGAUAUCUUAGAACAAGAGCAGUGUUUCUACCGAGUGAGAAUGUCAGCUUGCUUCUGCCUUGCAAAGAUUGCAAAUUCGAUGGUGAGCACAUGGACAGGACCACCAGCCAUGAAGUCACUUUUUACUAGAAUGUUUUGUUGUAAAACUUGUCCAAACAUUGUGAAAACAAACAACUUUAUGAGUUUUCAAAGUUACUUUCUGCAGAAGACUAUGCCAGUUGCAAUGGCUUUAUUAAGAGAUGUCCAUAACCUUUGUCCCAAAGAAGUCUUAAUGUUUAUUUUAGACUUAAUCAAGUACAAUGACAACAGGAAAAAUAAGUUUUCAGAUAACUAUUAUCGUGCAGAAAUGAUUGAUGCACUGGCCAACUCUGUUACACCUGCAGUCAGUGUGAAUAAUGAAGUGAGAACUCUAGACAACUUAAACCCUGAUGUGCGACUCAUUCUUGAAGAAAUCACCAGAUUUUUGAAUAUGGAAAAACUUCUUCCGAGUUAUAGACAUACCAUCACUGUCAGUUGUUUGAGAGCCAUUCGCGUGCUCCAGAAGAAUGGACACGUGCCAAGCGAUCCCACUCUUUUUAAAUCCUAUGCUGAGUAUGGUCACUUUGUGGACAUCCGAAUAGCAGCGCUGGAAGCAGUUGUGGAUUAUACAAAAGUGGAUAGGAGUUAUGAAGAACUGCAAUGGCUACUCAAUAUGAUUCAGAAUGACCCUGUACCCUAUGUAAGGCAUAAGAUUCUGAACAUGUUGACUAAGAAUCCACCAUUUACUAAGAACAUGGAGUCUCCCUUAUGCAGCGAAGCCCUGGUAGAUCAACUUUGGAAACUUAUGAAUUCUGGUACUUCGCAUGACUGGAGGCUGCGGUGUGGUGCUGUGGACUUGUACUUCACCCUUUUUGGCCUCAGUAGACCUUCCUGUUUACCCUUGCCAGAGCUUGGGUUGGUUCUUAAUCUAAAGGAGAAGAAAGCUGUCUUGAAUCCCACCAUCAUUCCAGAGGCUGUAGCAGGCAGCCAGGAAGCUGCAAGUAAUCUAGGCAGUCACACACCGCUGGUUGGAUUCCCGCACCCUUUUUCAAGUUCUCAGGAUGAAGAGGAGAUUGAUAUGGAUACGGUCCAUGACAGCCAGGCCUUCAUUUCUCAUCAUUUGAACAUGCUUGAAAGGCCAUCGACUCCAGGGCUCUCUAAAUAUCGGCCAGCUAGUUGCCGGUCGGCUUUAAUACCUCAGCAUUCCUCAGGCGGUGACGGCACACCCACUACCAAGCCCCAAUGGAGUAUGGAACUCACUCGCAAGGGAGCAGGUAAAGAACAGCCACCCUUGGAGGUGGGUGUGCACCCGGCGGCAGCUGCCCUCUCAGUGUUCACGAAGGAAACCGCAUCCUCCAGACACGGUGACCACCACCAUCACCACCACCAUGAGCACAAGAAGAAGAAGAAGAAGCACAAACACCGGCACAAGCACCGGCACAAGCAUGACAGCAAGGACAAGGACAAGGGGCCCUUCCCACUGGCCAGCCCCGCCAGCGGCCGCUCCGUCCGCUCUCCUUCCCUGUCAGACUGAGCAGAGCCAGAGAGACAUGGUCCUCU